AUGGUAUCGUCCUCGAAGCUGGGUCAGAACGUGCAGCUACUCACUUAUGUGAGCAUCUUCCAUUUGACAUUGGCGUUCUGUGCAGCACUUUGGGCCAUUCCGAAUAUAACGGACGGCGGCACAACAAAUGCGUUCGUUAUUACUGCUGUUAUUGUGGGAUUCGUGACAUACGCGAUUGUAUUUAAUCUCGAAAACAUCGCGGGUGUUUUUGGCAGAUUGUACGCCAACCAGAGAGACCGACUGCUACAAGACAUGGGAGAUGAUCGUGAUAAAGAUUGGAAAGAACUUCGAUAUAAAUUCGAUGACUUUCCUUCUAAUAAAAAGCGAACGACCCCAUCAGAGUGGGGGAUAACCCGAUAUCCGAUAUCUAGGUGGCUCAGCUUGGGACGUGCGAAAGCCGCUAAGGACGAUGAGGAACAGAAUGAUAUGUGA